AUGGGAGAAGUACCUGAAAAGUCAGAUAAGGAUGUGAAAUCGCUUCCACAAUGCAAUAGGCGGAGACAAGAAAUCAUCCACUUAAAAGUCUUGGUGCCAUCGGUAGCAGUCGGCGCUAUUAUUGGCAAAGGAGGAGAGUCCAUUGCAAAGAUACAGAAAGAAACUGGCGCAAGGAUUAAAUUAUCGAAAGUAAAUGAUUUGUAUCCCGGGACUGAAGAAAGAGUUUGUCUGAUUCAAGGGACCUUAGAGGGUGUAACCCGCAUGCACAAUUACAUUAUGGAUCGUGUUCUGGAAAAACCAGAAUGUUCUGGUACUGCUGCAUCAUGUGUCACCACUAAUACUAUUUCAACUUCGCGUUCUGAAAAUGUUGGUAUCAGUUCUGCUACUCAGGGUGACUCGAGUAGCAAUAUGCCACACUUGCAGAAGGGGUCCACUUGGUCUCAUAGCUUAGAACUCUCAGGCAGUCGUUUACCAUGGGGUCGACAUAAACAGGUUAAGAUCUUGGUUCCAAACUGUACUGCGGGUCUUGUAAUUGGGAAAUUGGGUAGUUAUGUCCGAGAGAUAAAGGACAGAACGGGGGCCUUUAUACAGAUUUCACAGAAGUCUGUUGAAAUCAAUUUAUUGGAGCGCUGUAUAACUAUUGCAGGUGAACCAGAGCAGUGUCGUGCAGCUGUAGAUUUAGUUUUAGCCAAAAUAGCCGAGGACCCCCAAUCAGCCAUCUACCCUGCCAUUUCUUACUCACAUGUACGUGGUCCUGUAGCGAGCGCUUAUCCAACUGGAUCUCCUUUUGCAAUUAUGCCAUCUGUUCGAUUCGAUACAAGCCAAGGUUCACACUUACGCUUACCUCCUGGUCGUGGUGCUUCUUGUGGUAACAUCGAAGGAUGGGAUGAUAACGUACCAAGUGGUGUUGGUUUUUCAGCCGUUGCUAAUCCUUUUGGAUCGUCUCUUUUCCAUGCUGCGUUACUCCAGGUCCAAGCCGCGGCUCUGGCGGCAAAUUUAAAUACCACCGGUUACUACCCAACUCUGCCAUCUGUGGAUAUGGCUCCAACUAAUAUGCCCACCUUGUUUACUCAUGGACUAUCUACAAAUAUUGGGUACGUACCACCUGAAGAUGCCACUGUACUACCGCCAGCUUUGCCAGACUAUGGGCAAGGAUUCUGUCCAGCUACACCUACUGGUAAUGUUCCUCUAUUAGGUAGUGGAGGGGGUGCAAGUGGAGGCGGUUCUAAUACCGGCGGAGGGAGUGGCGGACACGGAAGCACUUUAUUGCAAGAGAGUAUUUGGCCCAUUGGUGAUUCUCAAAUUCAGACACCCACAUGUUUUGAUGCAGCUUAUCCGGGACCCUUAAAUUUCGCUAUUUAUCCAACGAAUCAAUCACUUUUAACUGCAAUGGCUUCUAGACACCCCAGUGAAUCAUAUCCAUCUCAUCCAGAUAUAUUCGCACCAUCUAGUCCAUACAUGACUGGUAUAUCUCAGCCAUCAUUCACGAUUCCGUAUAGUACUUCACCAUCAAUAAUGGGUGGUAAUGGUGGGAAUCUUGUUGGCGUUCCUCAAAUAGACCCAGGAAGUCCUCACCUUGCUACACUUUACCCUGGCAUUUCUCCUUCUUUGUGUUUAUCUCAACCUUUUCCUGUUGUUAGUUCGGAAAUGGAUGUAAAAGUUGCACCGAUUAGACAACAACCACCGACAUUGAAUGAAUUAUUGGGAUCAUUGCGUUUGGGUUGUAAAACUGAAGAUGUGGCGUCUGAGAUCAACCAAACAUUCUCAACUCUUACACAUCAUGGAUUUCUGAAUAUGGCUGGGUCAGGACCAUUUCCUCUUAUAUCACCUGCAGGUUCUCAACCAGCUAGUUAUAUAGCACCUCUUCUUGCUACGCAUUUACCGUCACCAACUGCAGAAAGUAGACCAAGUGUAAUUUUACCAGAAGAUAAUUCGACCAACUGGUUUGUUGGAGUGCGUUCAUCUACUGUUCCGGAUACUAGUUUCAUGAGAACUUCCAAACAUACACCUUCACAUUCAGAAUCUACUAAUGUUUAUUCACAUAAUCAAAGUUUGGGUGUUCCUGCAAAACAAAAUCAAUCAUAUUCAGAGUUAGUCUCAGGCCAUGAACAUCAUCCUGAUCAAUCGUUAUGUUCACAGUCCUCUGGGUGUAUUCCUACUAAAGAAGAAAACGUAAUACACACAUUCCCUUCCAAAUCACUUGAUGCACCGUUUUGUGAAUUCAGUGUGUCAUCAUCAGCCACUGUUGAUGUUGGUGGCGACCCCGUGGCAUCUACCACUCUUACUGAAGUUAGUAAAAAACAAUCUCUAUCCAGUUCUAAAGACAUUGUUUGUUGUUGUAGUUGUCCUGUUGUUGGUGAUAGCCCAUCCAGUAUCCAUACAACUUCAAGUCCUUCAUUGGGAUCAUGUACUUGUUCGAGUAAAUUAAAUUUCAAUGAUUCAUCAACAGGAUGUCAGCAACCAGAACCUGUAAUAACUGAUUCUCCCUCAACCAAAAGUAAUAUUCCACAAGGAAGCAAAAUGUCUUCCGGUAAUGAACAAAAUACAUCACCGUCACAUCAAAUUAAAACGGAUACUAAUUUGCUUGACGUACCUUUAAAAUAG